AUGGCCAGUUUGGAAGAUUUGAUCCCAACAGUUAAUAAGCUUCAAGAUGUUAUGUAUGCAUCAGGCAUUGACACCGUGGAUUUACCGAUUUUAGCAGUAGUGGGAUCACAAUCGUCAGGAAAAUCUUCGAUAAUUGAAACGUUAGUUGGGCGAGACUUUUUGCCAAGAGGGACUGGUAUAGUUACUAGAAGACCACUUAUUUUACAACUUAUUAAUAUUCCAGAAGGAUCCGAUCAUGCCACCGAUGGAUCAAACAGUACAUUUGAGAGCAAAAAGGAAGUGAAUGCCGUCCUGACUGAAACUGUUCCAGAUGCCAACCCUUUAGUGGAAUCUACUGAAAAGCAAAUCUUUAAUGAAUGGGGAGAAUUUUUGCAUGUACCGAAUCGCAAAUUUUACGAUUUUAACGAAAUUAAAAGAGAAAUUGAAAACGAGACUGCCAGAUUGGCGGGAAAAAAUAAAGGUAUCAGUAAGUCACCAAUAAAUCUAAAAAUCUUUUCCCCACAUGUUCUUAAUUUGACAUUAGUUGAUUUACCAGGGAUAACGAAAGUUCCUAUUGGGGAACAACCGCCAGAUAUCGAGAAACAAAUUAAGAAUUUGAUCUUAGAUUAUGUUGCUACACCAAACUGUAUCAUUUUGGCAGUGUCUCCUGCCAAUGUUGAUUUAGUAAACUCAGAGUCACUAAAAUUGGCAAAAGAAGUCGAUCCACAUGGCAAACGAACCAUCGGUGUAGUUACGAAACUGGAUCUAAUGGACUCAGGGACCAAUGCUUUAGAGAUCUUAUCAGGAAAGAUGUAUCCACUAAAACUUGGAUUCGUAGGGAUUGUAAAUCGUUCUCAACAAGAUAUCCAGUUAAACAAAAGCGUUAAAGAGGCACUGGAUAACGAAGAGCAAUAUUUUAGGAGACAUCCAAUAUAUAGGACGAUUUCUAAUAGAUGCGGGACGAGAUACUUAGCUAAGUUAUUGAAUAGAAUAUUAAUGAAUCACAUUAAGGAUAAGCUACCUGAUAUCAAAACGAAAUUAAAUGCACUGGUUACUCAAACAGAACAAGAAUUAUUGGGGUAUGGCGGUGGCGUAAGAGGAACGAAAGAAAAUCGAUCUGGCCUUAUCUUGGAACUCAUGAACAAAUUUUCAACGAACUUCAUUUCGUCAAUCGAAGGGAACUCUUCAAAUAUCAAUACUAAAGAAUUAUGCGGAGGGGCGAGGAUCUAUUAUAUUUACAAUAAUAUUUUUGGAAAGUCUUUAAAAUCACUCGAUCCAACAACCAAUUUAACCGUUCAAGAUAUUAGAACCGCCAUCAGGAACUCGACUGGGCCUAGGGCCACCCUAUUUGUACCAGAACUUGCAUUCGAUUUACUUGUGAGACCUCAAGUAGAUCUUUUAUUGGGACCUUCUCAAAGAUGCGUUGACCUUGUUUAUGAAGAGUUAAUGAAGAUAUUACAUUCAUGUGGAUCAUCGGAAUUAGCUAGGUACCCUCGCUUGAAAAGUAUGCUCAUCGAUGUUGUUGUCGAACUCUUAAAGGAAAGAGUAGAUCCAACGCGUCAAUAUGUAGAGAGUUUAAUUGCUAUUCACAAAGCCUAUAUUAAUACCAAUCAUCCAAAUUUUUUAAAAGCUACCGAUGCAUUUCCUGAUAUUGUGAAAACCCACAGAGAAAGAAAGACUCGCAAAGAAAAAAUUGAAAAAGAACGCUUUAAUUCCAAUUCCAAUUCCAAUUCUAAGAAAAGAAAUAAUGAUCCUACCGCAGAUUUAGAUAUAUCAAGUACCGACAGUUCUGAUGAAGAUGAAUCGGAUGAUGCUAGAGGCGUUAAGACUACGAGGGAUUCCAAAGACUCUUUUUUAAAUUAUAUCUUCGGGAAAGAUCUUAAUAAUGGAACUUCACAAGAUACUCUUUCCAGGAGCUUUGGUGCUAAUAAUAACAAGCCAGAAAUUAUGUUUAAUAAUUUACAAAUUGAUGAUUAUGAAGACGAUAGCUACAAUCUAGAAUCAAAUUUGACUGACAGGGAAGAGUUAGAGUGCGAGUUGAUCAGAAGAUUAAUCAUAUCGUAUUUCGAUAUUAUCCGCGAAAUGAUCCAAGAUCAAAUUCCUAAGGCGAUAAUGUUCUUUCUUGUCAACUAUUGUAAAGAAACAGUACAAAAUAGGUUAGUUACGAAGCUGUAUAAGGAGUCGAUGCUAGAAGAACUAUUAGUUGAAGACCAAGCAAUCGCACAAGAGAGGGCUAAUUGUGAACGGCUGCUCGAAACGUAUAAAAACGCAUCGUCCUUAGUCAAUAAUAUAUUGUAG